GUGAUCACACAUGGGAUUAACAAGGAGACAAAUGCAGUGGCCAGUUAGUGCUGGGUGGACCCGAUUUUGUGCAACAGCCUAUAAGAGAGGUGGAUGAAGAACUAUGUCGGUGUUUACCUGCCAGCUCGUCUAACGUCAAAGGUUAUAAUGCAGACGCAAGGACAGCAAACUACGCUGUUCUAGCGUAAUAGAAAAUGAGAGCUGCUGGGAUACCGUAUGUAAAAACAAAAUAAUCAUGUUUCCUAGUAUCAGAGGGAUUAUCCGGUGCUUUACGGCGCGAUUACUAAUUUAGUAUUUAUCCCUGUACGUUUUACACUGCAGAAUCCAAGCACCGCCGGUGUAUUAUUAAGUGCGCUCUGAAACUUAAUUCAGAAACCACUAAAUCACCCUCUAGCUGUUCAUCGCCAUACAUUUUCGUUGUUGUAGUCGCCGGUUGGUAGAAAGCCGAAAGUACUGCUGCAAACUUCAUAAUCCAACGUCCUUUUUUUCUGAUUAUUGUUGGACAUUUCGGGCCUCGCAGAACCGCCUUCUGCACCGUUAGUUCAGUAUAUUUUAGUUUGUGUUGCAACUGGGGAAAUCUGAGCCUACGCAAUUGUUACUAUGCCAGUAACAGACGAGGCAUUUGUGACCCUGGCUACCAGUGAUGUUUACUGCCAGGGAGCGCUGGUCCUUGGACAGUCUCUCCGGCAGCACAGGACCUCCAGAAUGACUGCAGUCCUGAUCACACCACAGGUCUCCAGCAGCGCACGGGCUGCCCUUGCCCGAGUGUUUGACGAGGUGGUGGAGGUGAGCGGUUUGGACAGCGGAGACCUGGCACACCUGGCGAUGCUGAGACGCCCAGAGCUGGGCAUCACCUUCACCAAGCUGCAGUGCUGGACCCUCACUCAGUACGCCAAGUGUGUCUUUCUGGAUGCCGACACACUAGUGUUAUGCAACGUGGAUGAGCUGUUCGACCGAGAGGAACUGUCAGCGGCCCCCGAUCCCGGCUGGCCUGACUGCUUUAAUUCGGGGGUGUUUGUGUUCAGGCCCUCCCUGGAAACCUAUAACCAGCUGCUCCGGUUUGCAAUGGAAAACGGCAGCUUUGAUGGAGGUGACCAGGGAAUCCUGAAUUCCUUCUUCGGUGAUUGGGCAGUAAAGGACAUCCAAAAGCAUUUGCCCUUUGUCUAUAACCUCAGCUCAAGUGCCGUGUAUUCAUAUCGGCCAGCCUUCAGGCAGUACGGUCAUAAAGCCAGAAUAGUCCAUUUCCUUGGUUCCGUCAAGCCAUGGCACUACAAGUACAACCCACAGACCAGGAGUGCGUAUCAGGAGCCAGGUUUCCCAGUGGGGAGUCACCCGGAGCACUUCGUGAACUUGUGGUGGGAAGUCUACAGCUCGGGAGUUGUCCCUUUAGUGAUGCAGCACAGUGAAAGGCGGGAGUCCGAGCAACAGCACUGUAAGUACCAAGUAGGAAGUAUUGAAAUCAAUGUGAGGGAGGAGGAACCAGCUGUACCUUCACACAUAGAAUAUUACCCACCAGAACUAGAAAAUUUGAUUCCACCUCAAACCUCAUCAGAUAAGUGGCAGGUGCACAUAGAGGAUUCUGGGAGUUGCAAUGGCAGUCUUCCACAGCCUGAGCUUGCUUCUCUUCCACAGCCCAGUGCACCUGAAGUGGAACAGCAGUGGGAAACCCCUGAGGACCUUCCAAGAGAAGAAGUCACUGUUGUAGAGCCCGAGAUCCAGGCACCUGUGCCUCAGCAUAGUCCUUCUGAAACGCCUGCUGAGGAUCUGCACUUCUGUAAUUCGAGCAGCCACGAUGCCCCUGACCUUCAUCUUCUGAAUGAUCAGGUGGAUCUGAUGGCUACUGUGUCAGAGCUGUCCAUCGACAUCAAACCUGAGCUCCCCGUUGACACCAAACCCGAGCUCUCGGACUCGGAUCACCGAAGGAUGUGGGAAGAAGGGCGCAUGGACUACAUGGGAGAAGAUGCUUUUGAGAACAUCCAGAAGAAACUGGAUAGGUUUCUUGAAUAACAGUUUGAAUAAUGAACCUCUGCAACAAAAGUAAUUGCCAUUUCCCUAAUAAACAUUUGUGGGAAGGGAAAUGACUAAUGUGCAUUAGGUCAUAAUAGUGAAGCAAAAAACCGAAGUACAUUUAAUUAAGGAAAAGGUGCAUUAUAAAGUUAUGAAAGUAAUGGCAGACUGCAUAGUAAACUGGAAAGCUUGUGGAAGAUGUUGGAGCUGUACACUCGAAAGAGCGCAGCUCAUAUGGUGUACAUGCUUAUUCUUGAGUGGUUUGUGCAAUGUGCACACAUUGUCGGAUGUCGGAGACUUAUUUUCCCCAUAAGUGUUCUGUCGUGUAUUUGUUAAUCCUCUGACAGAGGUUUUCAUAAUUGCUGAAUGACAGUGGAAAAUAUUGUUUGGAUAAUUAGACAAAACUUGUUAUCUAAAGUGUGGUGAAAUGUCUUCCUGUUCCCUGAAGGAAUGUGGUUACACCGGUUGUACCUACCUUUAUUUGCCAGUGUUAUACUUGCAUAGUAGUGCCACUGCUGCCUUAACUUUUUUCCCCACUGACCUGUUUAUGUACAUCUUUGGUAUCACUUUUCAACUGAGGAAUCCUUCAAAAUGCAAAUCAUUUCCACGUUGUUUAUAACGUGCAAUGCUUGUUGCGUUCUCGGAUCCUAAUCACACAAACAAAAUCGGUGCUACAUAAAGAAAAUGUAAAACCUUGCCGAAGCCUUUUUCUUUUUAAACAAAUUGGAUAAAAUGUUCAUGCCGAUUUGUAUUCUAAAUGAGUAAUAUUAGUUUCAUUCGGGGGGGAUAAAAUCAGAAGGGGAGGCAAUUUCAUUUGUUUUCCCCCUUUAAAUAGUGUACAGUACUUCAAACUUUGAAACGGCUGAGCAUCACUACUGAAGGCUAUCCUUGCCUUACAUUAAUGUGCCUAUGGAGUAGGGAGUUUGCAGUAGAAUUCUGUGCUUUACAUGGAGAAUGUUGUAUAAAUCAUUUAUAUAUUCUUGUAUAGCAAACAUCAGUCUGUUUGAUACAGAAUGUUAUUAGAAUACAGAAUGUUUUCCCAUUGAAAUAAGGGAGUUUCAAAUAAAUGAUGUGUUCAUUAUAGUAAGCCAAAUCAUGUUAAUGAUCAAUUGUGCAGUCUAGGAAGUAAGUCAUUUUAUGGAUCAUAACCUUUUGAAGUGUGCAUUUUGUUUUUGGAUCUUGCUGUAGAAGAUCAAAGAUGGAUGAAUUUGCACACUGUUUUUCAUAAUAAACUAUGACAGCAUUAAACAUCA